AUGGGAAUAGAGUUGGUGACUCAACAAACGGUAUUACCUGAUAUGGAUGAACUUAGUUUCACGGAUUUGGAGUUGGACUAUCACGUUAGGAAUGCCCUUAAAGCUGCUGUUCAGGGCGACCGUGACUUUUAUAACCAGCUUGUUGCAGUGAUACACCAUAAAGACCGUCUUGUUCCUGAGGAGGUGGCCCUUCUUGUGACGUGUUUGAAAGCUCUGACUGGAGCAGUUUCUUGUGUACGCAUUGUUCAUCAUCAAUCUCUUCUUGCUGCAAUAUUUGGAAUGAGCUUGUGGAAUUAUGGGACUGAUGUGAUGGAUGCGUUGGUUGAAGUUUUAACAUCCUUGGCUGCAUCAAGUGGACAAUAUGUUGACUUGUGCUUGGAAAUGCUUGUAACCAAUUUCAUGCCGCCGUCUUCUUCAUCUGCUCAUUUCAUAGAAUUCUUGAAGCAACCACGGGGACUUGAUAAGAAGCGCCAAGUUCUGGAUCGCGUUCAUUCAACUUUUCAAGAUAUUGCCAAUUUAGUUCCUCUUACUCCUUUGAGGCUGGAGAAGAUAACCAGGGAUAGAAUGCCAAACAUAUACACAAAAGAACCUUUUAUUGUGAUGUAUGUGGAGAACAUGUUAAGAUUAGAGAGUGGUGCAGCAGGUAAACUUGUUGGUGGUUCAAUGCUCGUCGCAAUAAUGGAUAGGCUAAUAGAUUUAGAUGUGGAAAUAGCGUGGGAUGACAUUUUACAGGAUGAUUUCUCUAAAGGAAUCUUUGAUAUGGAGCUGGAAGACCUUGAGGGGUUUUCAGAUCACGUUCAACAAGAUGGCAACGAGCUUACUAGGGAAUCUUUGAUACAAAGGUUUUUUGGUGGAAACUUAGUUGCCGAAAAGUUAGAUAGUUUAUUGGUGCUUACAUUUGAACACCUUGAAUCCUGUAGAGAAAGUGGCCGUCUAAUUCAGGUUUUUGAAACACUCCUUCAGUCAUUUCAGAAAACUGUUUUGACUGCAUACAAAUCAAAAUUUGCUCAGUUUGUGAUGUUCUACGCUUGCUCCCUGGAUCCUGAAAAUUGUGGAAAGAUGUUCGCAAGCACACUUGUGAAUAUUUUUGUGAGCGGUGUCUAUCCUGCAUGGAGAAUGAGUGCUGUUUCAUAUCUUGCUAGUUAUUUGUCUCGUGCAAAGUUUGUGGCUCCCUCCUUUGUUGCUACUACACUGGAAAGUUUGGUGAAGUGGUGUUUUGAUUACUGCAAUAACCAGGAUGGUGACAUUAAUGCCAAAGCUCAUAAAGUCUUCUAUGCUGGUUGCCAGGCCAUUAUGUACGUGCUUUGCUUUCGCAUGAGAUCAAUGAUUUCUGUUCCUCGCCUCAGAUCUCAACUUCUUCUUAUGCAUAUUGAGGACAUCCUUAGGCAUCCUUUGAAACCAUUGCAGGUAUGCCUGCCAUCAAUAGUAGAAGAAUUUCUCCGGUUGGCAAAAAUAAAUCAAAUAUUUGCCGUGCCAGACACCUCUGCAGAUUAUGGUAUGCUAGAAUCUGAACUUUCGCGGGCAUUUGGUGGGGUAGAAAGGCUCGACAUGUUUUUCCCUUUUGAUCCCUGCUUGUUAAGGAAAUCUGACAGAUUCAUCCGACCAAAUUUCGUGUAUUGGUCAAUGGUAAGAAGUAGUUACUAUGAAGACGAGGAGGAUGAAAGUGCAAGUGAUGAAGAUAUUGACGAGGCUGGGAUCAACAUGGCAGAUAACAUUAGUGAUGAUGAGGGCAAUGCUCAUUUUGAUGAAUUUGACUACUCUCUAGACAAAAUGUCAAUUACGCCUAGAGAUUCAAGCGCAAAAUUCGGAGGCAGAAUACAUGGAUUUGUCCAGAUGCCAUCAAAAAUCAGACCCUCAACUAGUCCGGAGUCCUUGUGA